GGGGAAAAUAGCGCGACGAGCGAUCUUUCCACUUCGAUACUGUCAGAGGAUUCGACAUACUACCCUCCUCCGCCCGCGGAGAAACCGCUCCCUCCAACGAUUGUUCCACCCUCAGACCAUGCACACACGCUGACUCAAAUGUCUGCUGAAGAACUCAGAGCACUCUGGGGGCGCGUUGGUGUGCAGAUAUGCGAGGUCGCAACAACGCUACACGAACGUUCCAAGAAGACGCUCAUCGGAGACGGGUCGUAUGCAGGCUUCGUCGCAGCCGUCCUCGCGCAGGUACCAAAUGCUCAACAACCGCCAAUGGACGGGGUCGAAUAUGGCUAUCUCGUAUACGCGCAGAGUGGCGCAUCGGUGCACACGCGCGCGAGCGAGAUAAUGCCAGGGGACAUCAUCGUUCUGGAGGGUGCAAAGCUGAAGGGCCACAAGGGGCUGCACGCGUAUACCACUGUAGCGGGAGAAGGGGCCCCUUGCAUCGGCGUCGUGUGCGAGUUUGAGACGAAGAAAUUGAAGGUGAGGUCGCUGCAGGCGAACCAGCAUGUUGGCCAAGCGACCGUGGAAUCCGUGAGCUACAAGCUAGAAGACUUGAAGAGCGGUUUAAUUAAAGUGUAUCGCGCUCUAGAGGCAUAAUUGAUUGGCCCUUGUCAAUCUCGGACAACAGGAGAAGUCAUGGCGAAACUAUUGUCAUUUGUAUUUUACAUCUUUCUGAACGGUCGUUGGAUUUUUGUGUAUGACCUUUGGGGUUUAUAUUCCCUAAAGAUCG